AUGGCUUCUCUCUCCUCUCAAGUGGUGAGUGCUCUCAAAAAGAGAGUAGAUGCAGCAUGCGCAGACCAAGAAAAGGGUAUCCCAGGUGCAGUGGUGGUGGUCGUUGGCAAGGAUGGCAAAGAACACUUUGCGCAUGCGAGUGGAAAGCGUGGGUAUGGCUCUGAAGAGCCGAUGACGCUCGACAGUAUCUUCUGGAUUGCCUCGUGCACGAAAAUGAUCACGGGAAUUGCGUGUAUGCAGCUUGUCGAACAGGGGCUUUUGAACUUGGAUGAUUCCGAUCAGGUUGAGAAGAUUUGCCCUGAGCUGAAAGAGGUGAAGGUGCUGCAGGAUGAUGGGGCGUUGGUCGAGAAGCGCGGAGGAAUCACCUUGAGGAUGCUGUUAAACCAUACCGCUGGCUUUGGCUAUACAUUUUUUAAUGAAAAGCUGAGAGACUAUAGCAAGCCGAUUGGUUACGACGAGUUCUCAGGACACAUCUACGAUAUUCUGCAGCCAUUGGUUCAUCAGCCUGGGGAGAAGUGGGAAUAUGGGGUCAACAUCGACUGGGCAGGAGUCAUGGUGGAGCGAGUCACAGGACAGUCAUUGAACGACUAUUACCACCGCAACAUCUUUGAGCCCCUUGGGCUGAACAACAUUUCGAUGUUUCCAUCGGCGUCAAUGAAGGAGAACUUGGCGUACAUGAAUCAGAGAGACGCUCAAGGCCAGCUCUCCGGUCGAGACCACCUGCUUCGGCGGCCUCUGGUUGUGCAGACCGCCGAGGACAUCAAGUCGUGCUUCAACAGUGGUGGAGCGGGCUGUUUCGCUAAACCACAAGAUUACUGUCGUAUGUGUCUCUCGUACUAUACCUGCUAUUCUGAGAAAAUACUGAUUGUCCGCAACGGCGCAGAAAUCCUUGCUACACUCCUAAACGACGGCAUCUCGCCAAUCACUGGCAAGCAAAUACUCGAGAAAGCGACAGUCGACGAGAUGUUCCGAAACCAGAUUCCCAAUAUUCCCAAUUUCGCGGCACAAGGAAUCCCAGCCUCGAAACGUGACCUCACCAAUGCAAUAAGUCAUCUGUACCCAUCGUCGACACCUCAGGGAUGGGGACUCACGUUUAUGCUGACCGGAGGAGCAACGGGACGGUCUGAAGGGACGGCGCACUGGGCGGGACUGGCAAAUCUGUGGUGGUGGUGCGAUAGGGAGAAAGGGGUCGCAGGGAUGAUCUGCACUCAGCUCUUGCCCUUUGCCGAUCCUCAGGUUUUGCGUCUUUGGCUGGAUGUAGAGUCUGCUGUCUACCGUGGUCUGGUUCAGGAUUAG